UCGAUAUUAUUGCAAGUUAUAGAUAAAGCAAUGUGUGGAAUAUUUUGCUCAGUUUUGCAAAAUAAUAAAUUACAUUCUUAUACCAUACCAAACACACUGAAGGAAAUACUGAGAAAUCGUGGUCCCGAUGUGCAAGAUGAGAUGAUCGAAGAUUAUGAUACUGGGCAAAUUAUUUUUGCCGGCAACGUACUAUGGCAACAGGGGGAAAGUAUUCAAAAACAACCCGUGGUUGCCAAUGACUUCAUACUUCUCUUUAAUGGAGAUAUUUACAAUUUACCAAAGCCAGAAACUAUGUCGGAUACGUCUUGGAUAGCGAGCCAAAUUUCGGAAUGUCGUUAUGAGGAAAAAAAGAUACUGCAGCUACUUAAGAAUUGGGAGGGACCACAUUGUUUAAUAAUUUAUGAUAAACGAAAACAAAUACUUUACUUCUCACGAGACGCACUAGGGAGAAAUUCGUUAAUUAUUGAACGCAUUCCGAAAGAAUUGCAUCUGUUGAGUGCAUCUUACUAUUUGGAAAAUGAUAAAUUAUCAUUGGAAUUGCCACCACUGGGCCUUUAUAAAGUUAAUAUUAAUGAUCUUACAUCAUGCGUAUUGCACCCGUGGUGCCCUCUAAAUAAUUACUCUAUUCACCUAUUAAGCAAACUUGACCAAGCAGUUGGCUGGAAAACUACAGUUGAAAGUCCUAUGUUCCCAGAAUGGAUGUUAAAAAGUAAGCUGACAUUUAAUUACGACUUCUAUAAAUUUACAUAUAUCGACUGUCAUGUAGACCUUUUUAAGAAUCUUAUAAGUCAGCCACAAAUCACGGAUUCACUAGCAACACUCCAUAAACUGCUUUCUGAUUCAGUAAGAAAGCGCGUUACGAACAGGGCCCCACUUUGCCGCCUUUGCUUGAUAAAAGUUACUAUACCAACUGUAUGCACACAUGCCAAAUUGAGUAUAUUAUUUUCAGGUGGCAUCGACUGCACCAUCUUGGCUUUGCUAGCUAACGAAUUUGUACCGGAAAAUGAACCAAUAGAGCUUAUUAAUGUAGCUUUUGAAAGUAUUGACGGUCAAAACAUUUCUGAGGAGCUUUGGAACGUUCCCGAUCGCAAAACUGCAUUACUAUCUAUCAACGAAUUAAAUCAAUUAUGUCCCAAGAGGUACUGGAAACUCCUAGAAGUUAAUGUAACCCGUCAGGAAUUGGAACAGCAUCUUACAACGCGUAUCAAGCACCUAAUAUAUCCGCUUGAAACAGUUUUAGAUGAGAGUCUUGGUUGUGCAUUUUGGUUUGCUUCUCAUUGCGAUAGCUCUACUGCUAGAGUCGCCCUAAUUGGUAGUGGGGCAGAUGAAUUAUUUGGUGGAUAUGCCCGCCAUCGCAACUGCUAUAGACAUUGCAUGGGCAGCGCAAUGGAACGCCAACUUGCCGUGCACGACGAACUUGAAAUGGACUGGCAACGGUUACCUGCUCGGAAUUUAGCCAGAGACGACCGAGUUAUUGCAGAUAAUGGUAAAACGGCUAGAUCCCCAUUUAUCGAGGAGAACGUUGUUAAAUUUAUUAGAUCUUUAGAACCGUACCAAAAAUGUUGCUUCUCUUUCCCUGAAGGUGUUGGUGAUAAAUUGCUUCUAAGACUAUAUGGCUAUCAAAUCGGACUGCGAGGCGUGGUAUUGCUAAAGAAACGAGCUAUUCAGUUCGGAUCACGAAUUGCAAACAAAAAACAAAAAGCUACAAAUAAGUCGGAUAAUCUUAAACAAAAGCUCGAAACAAUGUAAAGUAAGCGUAAGAUAUAAAUUUUCUUAAUAAAAAAAUAACAAAAAAGAAUUAAAAUAAUAAA